CGUUCUUCUUACCCAUCCAACAUUACACAGUCAAAUUAUUCAAAUUUUCAAAUUUUUUAAUUUUUUCAAAUUUUUCUAAAAUUUCCAAAAUUUAAAUUUCUCUAAAAAUAAAAUAUUAAACGAAUAAUGAAAUUAUUUAAAUUAAUAUAAAAAGUAUGGUGUCGGAAAAAUAAUUUAUUAUUUGAUAUGACGCAGUAUGAGAGGAUAAAGGAGCGUUUGAGGAGUAUAAAUAUUAAGAGGAAUAAGAAGCGCGUGACAGAUGUAAGAUUACAUUUAACGCAGUACUUAUCCCAUGUGAUCCCUUUAUCUUCUCAACGCUUUAUUUUAUCGCCCCUUAUCCGAGCCUCGCUUCUCUCCCAAAUUGGAUCAUAUAAUUUUAUUAAACUAUUUAACAUUAGGAAUACUACGCCAGUUAACAUUUUUAAAGGAACUGUUGGAAUCUAUGGGUUUAAGGGAUUAUGGAAGGGUACGACAUCGCAUGUGUUAUCUGGAGUAAUAUUUCCAAGUGUGUAUAUGAUCUCCAAAUGGAUAUCAAAUGUAACAUAUGUGCCAUACUACGAUAAACCCAAGGGACAAUACCUUAAAAGAUAUCUCGAAUCACUUUCCAUCUGUACAUUCUCACAUCUCUUCAGUUAUCCUCUUGAUACUUGCUAUACCAGAUUAUCCUCCGAUUAUACCAAUUGUAGUAUUAAGAAGUAUAUUAGACAUAUUAUACAACAAUACGGAGUUAGAAAUUUGUAUAGUGGAUUCCUGUUGUGUUUAUUAUCAACUUCGACACAUUUGAUGAUAACACUGCCACUGAACCAGCAAAUGCAGUACAGAAUUAUCAACAGCGUCAACGAUGAAAUCGCCAAAAAUCCAAUCCUAAAAUCAAACCCCAAAUCCAUCAAACCCAAAGAAUUGAAGCCUGUGGAGUUGUAUCCGUUUAACUUAAUUUUCGCUACUUUGGUGUCUUUUGUAUCAAAGACUAUCACAUAUCCAAUUGACACUCUCAAAGUUAAAUAUCAGUAUAACACACGAGAAAACUAUGGAUAUAAGCGUUUUUUCGCACAAAUUAAGCAAUCGGGAGGGUUUAGUGUGAGAAAAUUAUAUGCGGGAUUUAGUAUGAAGUCUGUUUUAUUUCUUCCUGAGUGCCUUCUCUACGGCACACUAUACUCCGCCGUUGUUAAAUUCUUAUCAUAACUCACACAUUAAUUUUUUAUUCUUUGUG